AUGAAGAAGGUGAACAGUGUGGUUGAAGGGGACAUGGUUCUGAAAUUUCCCAUUAUCCCUUAUGAACUUGAUGCAUUGGUAACUGUAAAAUCCGACGAGGAUGUCAAACAUAUGGUAGAUGAGUGUCGUCGUUUGGAAAGCGAAGGAACUCCAAAACUUCGUGCUUUUUUGUUCCCUUCAAACCCAAUCGUAGUCGAGAACCAAAUGAACCCUGUUGAUCACUACGCCAUUGAGCAGCGGUAUAUAGAAGCCAUCAAUGGCAUAGUUCGUCCGAGUUCAAAUAAUACUAGUGGAAGGCUCACCCCUGUUAACCCAAACCGCUCCAACUUCAGCCCUUCUGCUAGCACUUCCCCUAAAGCAGCUUCUCCAGAUAAUAGCUAUUUCCUCUUGGAGCCGCCAUCAGUUUCAAAUGGGAACCAACAUAAUAAACCCCCCAUGCCUAAAGUCCAGAGUUCUCCCAACAUUUGCAACCUCCAUCUGCCAAGUAACAACAACCAUAGCAAUCCCCAGGUUUACCAGGCACAUUGUCAUUAUCACCAAAAACCACUGUAA